AUGCAACACUUUCGCGCCAGAAUGAAGCUCGUGUCCAUCUUCUCAGCCCUCAUGGCCUCGACAUUUGCCACGAAUGUUUCGACGGUCUACCAAUUUCCCAACGGCACAUGGGCCGAAAACAUUGCUGCGAUGGGCAACGGCUCCCUUCUCGUGACAACUCUCGACACUGCUCAAGUGCUUAUCGUCCACCCGCAAGGCUCACCUGCAAGCUCUUCCGUCAUCGCCACCUUCCCGAAUGCAACUGGCGCCCUAGGGAUUACCGAGUUUCAGGCGGAUGUCUUCGCUGUGAUCGUUGCGAAGCUAGUUCCUGGAAACGCGACGAAUCCACAGAGCUUUUCCUUGUGGGAACUUGAUGUGACUGCCAAGGAUGAGGGAGUCAAAGUCAGCAAGAUGUCCGAACUGCCUGACAUGGCUAUGCCUAAUGGCAUGGCGGCAUUGAAUCACGAAAUGUUGCUGUUGGCAGAUUCGACAUAUGGAAACAUUGCUGCAUACAACGUCAGCACUGGAAAAACGGAAGUCGUUCUCGAGGAUCCUAGCUUAGCAGCCAACCUCUCUGCGCCUGGCCUACAGCUUGGUGCCAACGGGAUCAAAUUCCACAAUGAAUACGUAUACUACACAAACACCGCCCAGGCUCUGGCUGGCCGCGUUCGUGUCCACCCAUCUACUGGCAGACCCAACGGCUUUUUCGAAACCGCGCGCGACUCAACCUUCAGCGCUCCGGACGAUUUUGCAGUUGCAAAGGAUGGCAGCAUGUACGUCUGUGCGCCAUUGGCAGCACCCUUAGGCGACAAAAUUCAUCACAUCGAACUAAAUGGCAAAGUUACGACUAUUGCUGAAGGGGGAUUGGUGGCAGGCUCUACGUCGUCGACAUUUGGAAGAACGGAGAAAGACAACAGUACCCUUUAUGUGUCUACCAUGGGUGGCUUUGGACCGGAUGGAACAGCGAAGGCUGGUGGGAGGGUUAUUGCGGUAAAGCUGCAUUAG